AUGCAUGUUGGGCAAAAGGUUUUUAAGGAUAUUUUAGGAACAGAAGGAACUCAUGUUCAUGAAAUUGAAAAUUUGAUUCAGACUUACCUUUCUAAUCUUCAUCAGGAAAAAACAUUAAAUGACAAGGAAUACAUGACAUUAUGUGGAAAUUUAGAGGAAAUAUUAGAAUGCCAUAAGAUGUUUCUUACUGCAUUAGAAGAAGUGGAACAGAGACCUUCUAGAGAACAAAAAAUUGGUGGUGUUUUUAUGCAGUUUGCUCCACAAAUAAAGAAAGUUCAUUUAUUGUAUUGCUCAAAUCAUCCAAAAGCUGCAUCAGUCAUUGAAAAACAUAGGGAAACUUUGAACAAAUUCAUGGAAGAUAAAGGAGCUACAUCUCCUGGCAUAUUAGUUUUAACAACUGGUCUUAGUCGGCCAUUUCGAAGAAUUGAAAAAUAUCCCGCUCUUUUGCAAGAAUUACAAAGAUAUACAGAAGAAAGCCAUAUAGACAGAGGAGACACUCAAAGAACCAUAUUUGUAUAUAGAGAGAUAGCUUCUUCCUGUUCAAUUACACGAAGACAGAAAGAAAUGGAACUUGAAAUUAUGACAGGAACCAUUAGAGAUUGGGAAGGAGAAGAUAUUCAAACGUUGGGAGAAAUUCUACACAUGGGACCUGUUAUAACAGUGACAGAAGAUCAACAAAGAAAAGAUCGUUAUCUUGUUUUAUUUACACACACACUAGUCAUUUUAUCUGUUAGUCCUAGAAUGAGUGCUUUUAUCUAUGAGGGAAAACUUCCCUUAUCAGGUGUAAAAGUUGGUAAAGUGGAUUCUUCAGAAGGAUAUGGUCAUGCCUUUGAAAUAACUGGAAGUAUGAUUCAGCGUAUUGUUGUCAUUUGUCAAAAUCAAGAAAGUGCUGUCUUAUGGUAUAAUCUCUUACAUCAACAAAUUAGAACAAGCCAGUUUCCUGGUGUUAAAAUAUCUCCUAAAGGAGGACAAGAUGUUUAUGCAUCACCUAAUCAUGGAACUGCAUCAAGUUAUUCAUCUAACACCCAAUCUGGAUCUUCUCAAUCAACAUCCCAUACUACAUUAUCCAAUGACAAAAAUGCUUUCCAGUCAAAUAAUAGAACAACUUUUCAUUCUCCAAAUAAAGUUUGGACAAUGUGGAGUCUUCGACCUCAUCCUCCUGUUAGACCUUCUCCAGCUUUGGUAACUAAAAACGAAGUUUUACUUAGAAGAGGAAGUAACAGAAGAAAAGAAAAAGUUUUUGAAGAUAAAGCCUAUGAAGGAGAUAUGAAGAUUCUUCAAGUUAUUGAAGCUUACUGUACAAGUGCAAAAACAAGAUAUACUGUGAAUUCAGCUCUUAUAGAUACCCCACAAGUAUUGAUUGCUGAAGAAGAAAAAAUUAUAGUAGAAGAAAUUAGAGGAAAUACAACUAUUGUUGAAGAAAGAAGUUUGGUUGACACUGUAUAUGCUUUAAAAGAUCAAGUAAAAGAACUGAAAGUGGAGACUGCUGCCCUAGCUAAGAGUCUUGAUGAAGAAAAAAAGGCUCGUAAGAAACUGGAAGCACUAUUGAAGAAACAUAUACUUAGUGGAAGAGAAGAAACUGUCAGUAAUAUUGCUGAUGAUUAAUAACUGUGAUUUAUCAUCAAUGUAUUGUUUAUCAAAGGAAAGUGCCUUUGAAGUUACAAACUGUGAUUGAAUGAUGCUCCGUAAUCAGUCACCUCUCAGGGCUUAAAACUUUGCAGCAUUGUAUAAAGGUUAGGAAAUGCUAGAAGAGGCUUUGCAAUAUUGGAUAACUUUCUUUUAAAUAAUAAUGUGCCAAUGAAAAUCACUAAAUUGAUAGAUUAUUCUUAGUGGACAAGGAUUAUUUAUAAGAUCCCUCUUGUUUUAGAAAUUGUUUUACAAAAUAGCUAAAUCCAAAGCAUUGUUUUUUUCACUUGAAAUAUUUAAAUUUAUAUUUUUAUAGUUCUAAUUU